CGCGGCGAUGCAGCCAUCCCAGGGCCUUCCUGCUUCCGCAUCCAACCAAGCACCUGAUUCACAAUCCUCGACCCUCAACGCCUCCAACCACAUCUUCCACGACUCUUCGUCGGCCGACAACCGCAUUGUCCGUUCCAUCCCGCCAUGGGUUCAUACCGAAGACGACAGCGACGAUGAAUCCAUCGAUCAAACACAGCGCCUACUCCCCCCUCNNGCCAAUGCUGUCCCUGCCUCUCAUCACUAUCUCCCCGCUCCGCCGACUCAGCACAAAGCCCCUGGCCGCAAGUGGGAUCACAUCCGUUCUGCUGAGCCUCCUUUGCUGGACCAACCCAUAGACACCAACCAGCAACGCUGGCUUCCCUACAUGCUGUCAGGUCCUCAGCCAAGAGGCGUGCCUGGAGCCAGACUUGUCUCUGACGCCUGGAUGGACGAGAACAUGCCUCAUCUGAACUCUACCUGGACUGCUGCCGAACCCGAGAAACCAUUGGAGAAAACAAAGGGUCUAUGGCUAUUCACUCCGGAGAAGCGGUCAAAGACUUUCGCGCGUAUCAAGCGCAUCAUUCUUAAGAACCCUUUUGUUCCCCUUGUCUUCCGUCUCAUUGUUCUUAUCUUUACCGUGGCCGCCCUCGGGCUAGGUGCCAGAGUGUUCCACGAGGCCGACGCAGUCAAUCGCCAGGGCGAAGGUCCCUGUAGCAAGCGUGCCUCAACAUACAUGGCCAUCGUCUUGGACAGCGUUGCCGUACCUUACAUCGGCUACAUCACAUGGGACGAGUAUCUGAGCAAACCUGCUACGGCCAAAGUUUCGCUUCUUCUGGUCGAUCUGUUUUUCAUCGUUUUCUACUCGUCAAAUCUCUCGCUGGCUCUGGACGCAUUGGAUGACCCUCGUUGGGCUUGUUUUGAUCACAACGAAUCUCUAUUAUCGAAUUGCCCCGCUUCUCCUCGUAUAUGUCGGUCACAACAGGGACUAUCUGGCGUUUUGGUUGUUGCUUUGAUGGCGUGGCUUUUUACUUUUGUCAUCAGUGUACUAAGAGUGGUAGAACGUCUUCGU